GUAUUUCUUUUAGAAAACAAUUAUGUGUUUAAUUUUAUUUUAGAAAAAACUUCUGGCUGCCAAUUCAGUGUUCAAGUGUGGACGAUCGCAUGUGGAACCAACGAGCAGUGAAAGUGAAUUGAGCGCAAAAUAAUUAAACGCUGCCAUAGAGCCUAUUCUAUUCUAUUCUAUUCAGUAUUUAAAGACACUCUAAAUAGAACAAUUAUGAAAUCUGUAACGGGCUUUGUGCUACUUAUGGCUUGCUUGUGCAUCUGGCUUAUCAGCGCACCGGGGCUAACGGACGCUGAGCCACACAUUGGUGCCGCUUGGCCUAUUCUGCGUCUGGUCCAGGAUAUACCACCAGACUCACUCAUACCACGUAGACGUGUGAAGCGUGUCAAGAGAGGUACCAUCGAUCCGGGAUAUGAAGACCAAAGUUCGACGGAACGCGGUAAAGUUCGCUUCCCUGUUUGGGACGAUGCGAAGGGAGAGCCGCUACUGGAUUAAGAAUCACCAUCUUAAGAAAAAAAUUUUGAAUAAAAAGGCAUAAUUUUAU